AAUGAGCAAAUGUAUGAAAAAUACUAUUGUACUACCCGGGAUUAUAUUACAUGAAUUUUCCAAAUAUCAAACAACAAAAUGCCCUAAUUAAUUUUGGUGACACACAGCUCUGCAUUUGUAUAUUGGAGUACUGCUCUCUACUUCACAAGCAGCAGCGAAUUGUUGAAGAUUUAUCUCUGAGAAUGGAAUCGGCUGUGUCGAGGCUAGGAAACAUCCAGAGGCACUUAACCUCUUCAAUUUCGGUAAAGGGUUUUAAUGAUGCGUUGAUUAAAAUAUCUCCUAAAGUUUCAGAAGCUUUGGCACACGGGCGACCUGUUGUUGCACUCGAAUCUACCAUUAUUACUCAUGGAAUGCCUUACCCUCAGAAUCUGGAAACAGCUAAACAGGUGGAAUCAAUUGUGAGAUUUAAUGGUGCUGAACCUGCCACCAUUGCUAUAUUGGAUGGUGUACCAUGUGUAGGUUUGAGCAAGGAAGAACUCGAGAGGCUUGCUAUCCUAGGAAGCAAAGUUCGGAAGACAGCUCGCAGAGACAUUGCUCAUGUUGUGGCUACCCGAGGAAACGGAGCAACUACUGUCUCUGCUACAAUGUUUUUUGCUUCUAGGGUUGGCAUUCCAAUAUUUGUAACGGGGGGUGUUGGAGGUGUGCAUAGGCAUGGAGAGAAUACAAUGGAUGUAUCUUCUGAUCUUACUGAACUUGGACGGACUCCUGUAGCAGUAAUCUCAGCAGGUGUCAAAUCAAUAUUAGAUAUCCCAAGAACUCUUGAGUAUCUGGAAACUCAAGGGGUAUGUGUUGCAGCUUAUCAGACUGAUGAAUUUCCUGCUUUCUUUACACAAGCCAGUGGCUGCAAGGCACCUUGUCGGGUAGAUACAGUAGAAGAGUGUGCUCGGCUUAUUGAUGCAAGCUCUAAACUUGGGCUUGAAAGUGGGAUCUUAAUAGCAGUGCCUAUACCAAAAGAACAUUCUUCUUCAGGAAGUUUAAUUGAAUCUGCAAUUCAAAGAGCCCUUUUAGAAGCUCAGGACAAGAACAUAACAGGAAAUGCUCAAACCCCAUUCUUGCUUGCUAGAGUAAAUGAACUAACUGGUGGAGCUUCUCUAGCUUCCAAUGUUGCACUUGUUAAAAACAAUGCAUCUAUUGGUGCUCAAGUUGCUGUCAUCUUAGCUCAGCUCCGCCACCACCGUGGAUAAAAUGUAAGCCAUGCUCCAUUUCUACUCAUUGUGUUUCCAUAUUUCUUUGUUUUCUGAGAAACUACAGUUUGAUCCUCACUAUUUAGCUUCAUUAUUUAUUGGUUUUGGCCUCCACCUACCUUAUUUUGUCGAUACAUAGAAUAAAUAAAAAUUUUAAAUUUAU